CUCUUUCUGAAAAGCACAGGGAGGUGUGUGUGUGUGUGUGUGUGUGUGUGCGCGCGCGCGCGCGUGUACGCGAGAGCGAGCGUGUGUGCAAUAGCAGAGCCUCCUCCAUACCCCAACAGAGGGCCUGAGACAGCAGCAGGAGCAGCCAUUGUUCAGGGAAAACCUGGCAGACAAAGGACGGGCUUCCUCCUUUUCACCGAAGCCUUCCUGUUUCCUUUGGCUGCCAUUCGUUCAGCUAGGCCUCUCGGCAGCCCCCUUGCUCUGCUCCUGCCUCGUCCAAUUGCAACCCGGCGCCUGCCUUUUUAUUAUUUUUCAUUUUGAACUUUUUCUCUCUCCCAAUGGCUGGGGUGGGAGUAAAGCACCCGCGGGCAGGGAUGUUCUGAGUUCCCGUCCUGCAUUCUCCCCCCUUUCCUCCCCCCCCUCACUCCGCACCCGCAACAGCGACACUCCAGUAGUUCUCUCCAGGCUGUUCCUCUAAGUCAUUCAAGCUGUACUCUCCAAAGGAGCCCCCAAACGGCAACGCCUUUCCCCCCUUUCACCCGGGCACUAUGUUGGAUCGAGAUGUGGGACCAACUCCUAUGUAUCCCCCAACAUACCUGGAGCCUGGGAUUGGGAGGCACACACCAUAUGGCAACCAGACUGACUACAGGAUAUUUGAGCUCAAUAAGCGGCUGCAAAAUUGGACAGAGGAAUGUGACAAUUUGUGGUGGGAUGCUUUCACCACCGAGUUCUUUGAGGACGAUGCCAUGCUAACAAUUACCUUCUGUCUGGAAGAUGGACCAAAGAGAUACACGAUUGGACGUACCCUGAUCCCCCGCUAUUUCCGCAGCAUCUUUGAAGGGGGUGCUACUGAGCUAUACUAUGUCCUGAAGCACCCAAAGGAGUCCUUUCACAACAACUUUGUCUCACUUGACUGUGACCAGUGUACCAUGGUCACCCAGCAUGGCAAGCCCAUGUUCACCCAGGUGUGUGUGGAGGGCCGCCUCUACUUGGAGUUCAUGUUUGAUGACAUGAUGAGGAUAAAGACGUGGCACUUCAGCAUCCGGCAGCACCGGGAGCUCAUUCCCCGCAGCAUCCUUGCUAUGCAUGCACAAGAUCCCCAGAUGCUCGACCAGUUGUCCAAGAACAUCACUCGGUGUGGACUUUCAAACUCCACUCUCAACUACCUCCGACUUUGCGUAAUCCUAGAACCAAUGCAGGAGUUGAUGUCGCGGCACAAGACCUACAGCCUCAGUCCCCGGGACUGCCUCAAGACGUGCCUCUUCCAGAAGUGGCAGCGUAUGGUGGCACCACCUGCUGAGCCUGCACGUCAGCAGCCCAGCAAGCGCCGGAAAAGGAAGAUGUCAGGGGGCAGCACCAUGAGUUCCGGUGGUGGCAACACCAACAACAGCAACAGCAAGAAGAAGAGCCCAGCCAGCACCUUUGCCCUCUCCAGUCAGGUACCUGAUGUGAUGGUGGUGGGCGAGCCGACCCUGAUGGGCGGGGAAUUUGGUGACGAGGAUGAGCGCCUUAUCACGCGGCUGGAGAACACACAGUUUGACGCGGCCAAUGGCAUUGACGACGAGGACAGCUUCAACAACUCUCCCGCUUUGGGUGCCAACAGCCCCUGGAACAGCAAGCCCCCCUCCAGUCAGGAGAGCAAGUCUGAGAAUCCGACGUCGCAAGCAUCGCAGUAAAGCCCCAACCCGCUGCCCGGCCUAGCCUUUACCUGACUUGGCUGGUUGCCCCCACGCGGACUGAGUCGAAACCGUUCUACCUGGACAAUUUGUGAAGAAGAGUGGCUGGCUGGCUGGCGUGGUGCCAGGGCUGAUGGGCAUUGCAGCACCAGCCUGCCCACCUACCUGCCUCCAGUUGGCCUGGCCACCACUCCCUGCUGUCUGCACUCUUGGCUGUGCCCUUUAGGGCAGACUUGGGGCACGAGGCAUGAUGGAGCCUGGAUCUCACUCCAGCCCUAGCAGAAUUUCAAUUCCUUCUCCCUUCCUGCCCAUGCAUCCAGAGCCCCGGACACCACAAGUGACACUCCUGUGGGAUGGCGUUUCAUGUUCAUUACACAUCCCCUUGGAGCCUGCCAGUUUUGCUUGAUUGGCAGGAAACACCUCAGGAGGGGAAGGGGCCUGAGUGUUUAAGGUGAUCUGACAGAACUUUCAGCCUAAGCAUGUUUUAUCAGUCCAGUUCCAUAUUUGGUCUCAAGGGGGCUUCCUUCUAGCAGGAGAGUCUGGCAAUGUCCUGUAGACAACGUCAUGACUCCCAGUGGGGGCAGCUAUGAUUUUUGUAGGAAGGGUCUCGAGUAGUCCUUCCUGGUUGCUAUAGAUGUUGCAGUGCAGUUACCCCCGCUCUGCCUGAAGAGUCCAGAAAACCAGUGUGAGAGGGGGUAGUGGGAGUUUAAUGCCUCUUGGAAUGUGACUAGAAAACAACCCUGCAGUUGACAUGGAAGGGCACAUGUCCCUUUUGGUCUGAUCCUUUGGCGUAGGGCCAGCCCUCUGCCCAGCUUGCUCCUACAGAAAACUGCAAUCUUGACCCCUCCCCAUACUUUGGUUUUUUAAAAUAUAUAUAUAUUAAAAUUGUAUGUUUAAAAAAAACAAAAUGCCCUCCUUCCCUGUUUUCCCCAAUCCUGAUUUUUGUACAGGCUUGUCUACCAAUUGGGAAUCUUGGUUUUUAUAUACAGUUCUGAGAGCUUCAAACCAAGGAGAGACUUUGCAGACUUCCUUUCUACAUCCUUUGAGGACAGCAUGGCUGCCCCACUUUGCCCUCUCUGUGUAACUUUGUGUGUGCUGCUGUCCUUGCCCCCCCUUCUCUACCCCCCCUUUCGGGUUUGUGUACCUUGUGCUUGUAUAUUUCCGCGCUGUAGGCCGUGUGUAUGAUACUGUUCUUUCACUGUGUUCUCACUAAUGCAGCCGCCCCCAUCAGUGGUUGGGGGAGUUCAUUGCGAUGGGCAUAUUUUGUGGGAGACAGGAGAGUUCAGAAGGUACUGUCACCAGUUUACAGCAGUGCAGAAUGUGGGGAAUGGGGGUGAACAGGACUUCUUAGGAAGCAUAAUCAGGGGAUUGGAUUAUACAUGCUUUGUAAAGAAGGAUGAUCAUUUCCUCCAUUAUGGAGUGAGGUUCUAGGAAACUAUUUUACUAUGAAGGGGAGUGACAGGGCUCACAAGGUCCCCAAGGAAAGAAGAUCUGUUCCUAAACUCGCCCGCUCCCCUUUCCAGUGUUUGGAUGUCACUCAUGUUCUUCUGCCAGCAUUUCGUACGCUAGUUUUGUCCUGUGAGCCAUGGAGAGAUGAUGCUUUAUGCCACUGAGGCCUGCAAAGUAGCCAUAUGUUAAGGCAUAGCUUUUCAUUUUUGACAGAGGAGUACAGAGUAGCGUGAGGUAUUUUGACCACCUGAUGGGAUGGACUGAUUGUGAGGGUGGUGAUAUUUAGAGGGCACAAUCUGAACCGUCAUGGCAACCCCCCUUUACCUUACUUAGUCUGUUUACCUAAGUGGAUUCCAUUCCACAAAGGAUGUUUUCCCUAGCAGGACUGAUGCCAUCAGUUGUCCCAGAGCUGCCAUUUCUGGCCCAUCGCUGGCCACCACUAGGGCGUGGGGUGUUCAAUCUGAAUGAUGCUCUGGAAUCCCAUAAAUUCUCCUUUCUCCUGGAGGAGCCCAGAUGGAUCAACCUGAAGCAUGUUCGGGGGGGGGUCACUUUUGUGUUACUGGGCCCAGAUACUCCAUUGUGCUCUGUCCCCCUGGAAGUAGGCAAUACAACAGUCAAUACUAUAAUUUACAGGGCGUUUUUCUGUAACUUUUUUGUAUCUGAAGAUAUGAGUGUCACGUCCCCCGUUGCUGUGGCUCGGCAUGAACUGGUGACGUGUACUCUGUCCCCUCUCCCCACCCUUGCCCUUUCCACCUACCACUUCCCCCUGGGGCACUGUAAAGCCUUUUUUUUUUUUUGCAUAGUUUGUGCCAUUUAUGGUCAUGUAUGGUACCAAUAAAACAACUUUUUUCGGUUU